AUGUCCGCCCGAUACUCAGAGGGGGAAAGUGAGGACAAUGGCUUCACGGAGACUUCGCUUGCCAAGGCUGCCUACGGCCUGACUUCUCCGAGUGCUCGAUCGACCCCUUCGGGGCUUCGCAUCGCCGCCGCAGUGGCAGCCACCACAGCGAUUCUGCUGGGCGCAUGCGUCCUGGUGCUCAUCGGUGUCCUAGACUUCUUCAGGGGACACUGGGACAGCGUGGUGUGCACCACUCCUGCCUGCAGCGAGUUCGCCAAGCUCAUCGCCAACAGUGUGGACCAGUCCGUCGAUCCCUGCAGCAACUUCGACGCGUACGUCUGCAGUCGCUGGCAAAGGACACAAAAGUACUCGGUGAACGCAGAGCUGGUCAUGCAUGCGGUAGACGUCAUGACCAAGGUCGUCAGCAAGGACAAAGGAACAGACACAACCGUACAGACGAACCUCGACAAGGCCGGGCGCUUCUACCGCUCCUGUGACGUUGUCUGGCGCGGCGAACGCGAUGAGCUGCCCGUGAUUCGCGACUACUUAGUGCGUGCGGGUAUCGUGUGGCCUCGGAGAUCGGCGACGCCUAACGUUGCGCGUACGCUAUUGAGCCUGAACAUGCUGCUAAACUGGCCAGUAGUGGUUACCAUGUCUGUGUCCAAGCAAACUAUGUGGAUCAGCGUGCCCUACUCCUUUUUGUUGGCUGCGGAAGAAAAAGGCAGACUACACAACGAUGAAAGGCGGAAACGAAGCUUCGAGUUACUCAAAACGCACUUCUCCGAAGGCCACGAUGAAGAGGCUGUCACAUUCGAGGACACCACUGAAUUGGAGGAGGUCUUCUUUCAUCCCCUCGCAGACGCCCGGAAGCACACUGGUCUGCAACUGGUGAACAAUACAGAUGAAGACAGAUGGAAUUACUUGCUCCCGGAAUUCAACCUGACCGCGGUGAGCAGAUUCGAGAGCGACAGCGUAGAUUACGUGAGGACAUUCUUCGACCUGUGGAGCCAAUCAGGUGAAGCGAGAGCUCACCUUUUUGUCUCCUGGAUGGCAGCGCGGUACGUCAGUACAUUCUCCAACCACGUGCUCAUCUCCAACUUCUACGGCACAACAAAUUACGAAACGAUCAAAUACAAGCAGGUGCGGUGGUGCUUCGCACUCGUCUACAAUUUCAUCGGAGACUUGCUGUUCGCUCCGUACAAUGCUCACGUUUUUCUCCCUGAGGUGCGCCUGGACGUGGAACGCAUCGUCCUCGCAAUCAGAAACGCGUUCGCUGCUCACCUCGCAGCAACGGGAACAUCCAAGGUGACAAAAAACUACACGGAGUUCCAGUGGUCCUCUCUCGACACCGUGAUGGCCGUUCUGAAACAAGCCACACCUGAGAGCGACAACGCCAGUGGUCUUGCCGACAUGCUCCUCCCCGAUAUGCACGAAUCGCUGGCGAGAAACUGGCAGACUGCGUGGAAAUACCGGUCGUCGGGAAGCGGAGGCCGGGUUUCGCGUGUGCUGGGACCCUUGGCUUCGAGAGGAUUCGUGCUGUUCGAAUAUUGGCGCGGUGACUUUGUCCUCAUCCCCUACGCCCUCUCCUUCCCGCUGUACGACGUCGAUCUGGUGGACGCCGUGAAAUUCGGCGCGCUCGGUGGAGUCGUGGCUACAGCUUCGGCCGGACUUGCCCUCUCGCACUACCUUCGCUACAGCAGUUCGACCCACGCAGCGUUGAACGAAGCGCUGAGGUGCACCAACAGCUCUUACCGUAGAGGCGCGUGGGCUACGCUGAAGGACAUCGCGGCUUUGAACGUUCUGGCGGACGCGUACGAAGCGCACGGCUCGCGCUACACCCUGGCUGGCGUGAGGGGCUUCACGGCGACACAGCUGCUUUUCGUCUCCUGGUGCUUCGCGAAGUGCCGCGGAUACUCGGAACCCCUAUCCGACAAGUGCAGCACCGCCCUUCGCCAUGUGUCGACUUUCAGCUCGGCUUUCGGCUGCUCGUCAGGCGCCCCGCUAAAUCCGGUGAAAAAGUGCGUCGUCUUGUAG